AUGUUGUAUAGAUAAUGGUACGAAACCGGGGUUGCCACCCGUACUUUAUUAUAAAGUAUUGUACGUUAUUUCGGAUAACUGUAGUCUAUACUUUAUGCCAACAAUAUAGUACGCGAAAAUGCUUUAUUUAAUGUGUUUUGAUUACUCGCGGAUUAAUUUUACAUAAAAUAUACAAAAUGAGGUUGAUAGGAAGAAUUUUUGCGUUAAGCGGACAGAAAGUAUAAAUAUGUUGCCCUUAGCUAAUUCCUGCAACAUUUUCAUGGCUGUAUGCCUUUGUAUCAUGACCAUUCCCCAUUGCGGAAAAAAACUACAGUAGCCGCAAAUUAUUUAUUAGAAGUUGCUAGUAGCAACGUAAAAUAUAUUUUUAAGCUUACUUAUAAAGUGGAAUAAAAAGUAUUUUGGACACAAUGUACUUUUUUUUCUACCUUUAAUAUCCAAUGUACUUUAUUUCGACAAAAAAAGGUGGCAACCCUAUACGAAACCCUUUAUGCAUCCGACUCGCACUUGGCCGGUUGUGUGUAUAAAAAUAAAAUAUAUUAUUAAUAUUUAUUUAACUUAACACAAUAUUAAGAUUUCAAGGUCAAUGCAAUAAAAGUAAGUUUUGUUUUACCUGCCAUGGCCAAGUAGAUUUUAUAUUUUACAUUGAUGAAGUGUUUAUUCUAUAUUUUUAAAUGUUUUAAACCUAAUCGUUUUUCAUUUUGUCUUGAAUGAUGUCCGAAGAUAGCCCUUCUGUUAUUAUAGAAAUACCAAAGGCAAAGGUGAUUAGCAAAAUAUCAACGAAACUUUUGAAAAAUUUGUCUGCUCCAAAUAUUCUAAAACGAAUGAAAGAAAAACAUCGUAGGAAGCCAGUUAAACAUUGUUUCCAAAAAUAUUGCAAGCUGUUUGAGAAACCGUCGCCCGUAAGUAAUCUACAAAGAGAAGAAAUACUGUUACCAUACAUAAUUUUCACAAAAAAGCAAAAACAUGAUAAUAAGCGACAGAAGCUUAGAACACAUAUAAUUGAAGGAUAUAAAAUCAUUGAGAUGGAUUUGCAACAACGCUUGUUAGUGGAAGACCCUCCUAAUGAAGUACGUACAGCAAUUGAUGCAGAUGAAGAUUUUUAUAAUUAUGUUAAUGGACGUUCAUUAAAAAGACGAAUGCCGGUAUAUAAAUCUCUUCAAAUAUCAAUAACUGAUGUAUUGAGGAUAAAAGCAGAAAUAGGUUAUAGGAAUGACACCAUCUUAAACAUAGAAAUUAAUUGUAGAAAAGAAUUGGAGACCUAUAAUAAAAGUGUCAAAAGUUGUAUGAAACAAGCUAAGUAUUUUGAUGCUUUCAUUUCAGAAGACUAUAGUAAAUCAAUGGCUUUUCUUGGCAAAUGGGAUCAAUUAAAAGUGAAGCUCCAACUGAAAGAAGCUGAGUUACAAUACUUUGCAACUGAACAAUUCACAAUUAAAUCUAGACUGAUGGGUUUAGAUUAUCUUUAUCACCUUCAACAAAAGUAUGGAAGAUUUUUAUACUAUUUAUCACCUCCAACGUGGCGUUCAAAAAACAGAGAAUUUGCACAAUCUGUGGAAAUUGAGGCCAAAGGUUUCGAUUUGGGCCAUUCAAAUGAAGAAGAAACGUUUAAAGUUGUUUUUGAACAAAUGAAAAAGCAGAGCACAAAUCCUGUUCAUCCAGUUCUAUAUUUUAAACAGCCGCAUGAUUUAAUGGAUAUUUUUGACGGAAUCGAAAAGCAUCUAUUACACCAUUUUGAUUAUGUAACGCAUUUAAAUCCGCAAAAGAAAUUGCAAAAGGAUGUCAUACAGUAUUUGAAAAGCUCAAUAAUUCAGGAGACUGCUUUUGUUUCUAAUACUAUAAAAAGGUUUAAAAAGUAUCUGGAGUUUGAGAAUGAAAGGUGUGAACAACUGCAAAAAAAGUUCUUUUCCAUAAUUAAUGGAUUAUUUUACAAUAGCGUUGGUGCACCAGACAUAUUAAAACUAUUUGCUCAUUUAGAAUUUUGUUACGAAAGAGUGCAUUCAGAGAGACAAAUAAAUAUGGAUAUAGUUUCUAUGGCAAAAUCUUUAGAGACUCUUUAUACGGAUUAUUGUGAUAAAUUGGAUUAUAUACACAGUGACGCCGUAAAAUGCGCUGUUACGAAAGCUUUAAAUGAAGAGCGCCAAAAAUUUAAAACAGCAUAUCAAGCAUUACGUGAAUUACGGUUAUUUAAUAGACUAGAAAGAAAAUUACAGCGAUCUCACGAGCCAGUUUCAGAUAAAUUUAAGCAUUUGGUACGACCUAAUAUCAAGCGCACGUUGGCCGGCAAGAGAAAUAAACAUAUUUCUAACCAUGAAAUCUUAAAAAAGAAAAUAGAAAAUCCUUUAUCGGAUUCAGAGUUCGAAUAUUUAACGUUAUUUACUGAUUGGAUGGAAGGUGAAAAUCCAGAUCAGUACCUUCACAGGACUGACGAUGAAUAAUUAUUAUAAAAUUUAUUCUUUGUAUUAAUAAAACAAUAUAUAUAUUGAAAACAGAUUUAUUAU